CUCUCUCACUCUCAUCACCCCACAAUGAAUCGUCUCUUCGGCUCGCGCGCCGCCGCCGCGCCCAAGCCGGGCCUGGCCGAGGCCAUCGCCUCGACCGACGCGCGCGCCGAGGGCGUGCAGGCAAAGAUCGACAAGCUCGACGUCGAGCUGGCCAAGUUUCGCGACCAGAUGAAGAAGAUGCGCGACGGGCCCGGAAAGACAGCGAUCCAAACGCGCGCCAUCCGCGUGCUGAAGCAAAAGCGUCUGUACGAAGCGCAAAUCGCCACGCUUCAACAGCAGUCUUACAACAUGGAGCAAGCGACGAUGACGACUGAGAAUCUGCGCAACACGAUGGCGACGGUGGAUGCGAUGGGCGCGGCGAACAAGGAGAUGAAGAAGACGUACGGCAAGAUUGACAUUGCCAAGAUUGAGCGCACGCAGGACGAGAUGGAGGACCUGAUUGAGAUGGCCAACGAGGUGCAGGAGAGCCUGGGGAGAGCGUAUGGAGUGCCGGAGGAGGUGGAUGAGAGUGAAUUGCAGGCCGAGCUGGAUGCUCUCGCGGACGAUCUGGGCGAGGAAGAGACGGAGACGCCGAGCUACCUCACGAGCGGCGCCUCGGAGCUGCCCGACCUGGCGGCGGCACCAAGUGCACUGCCGGAGAUUGGAGGGAGCAAGGUGAGUUUAUGCUUGCCUUUCAGACGGAGAGAAGAAAGGGGUGAGGAGGCAGUGGCUGCGGCGCCCUCUGUCUGCGCUGGUGCAUGUCCGCUCUUUGCGCUCUGGUGGUGCUUCGAGCAGAGGCAAGAGCCUUGGCCUAGAGCGAGAGAAGCUCGGAAGCCACAAGAGGACGCGACACAGGCGCCUCUGCGUUAUGCGGAGAUCGCACGCUUCGCUGCCGUGCUGCCAUGAUGCGUGGCACCAUGCCGCUCUCUUGCUGACUCUCCGACCCGGCCGAGCAGGAAGCGAUGCGCGCUGCCUGAGCCCAAGUCUCUGCGCAUGCCUCUCUCGCACGUCGCCUGCGUCGCGGUCAAGCUGCUCUCCGGGC